AUGUCCAGAACUCUUUGGCAGGUCAUGGAGUCCCCUAAUCACACUAACCUGGACCCUUCUGUGUUCUUCCUCCUGGGCAUCCCAGGUCUGGAACACUUCCACCUGUGGCUCUCUCUCCCUGUGUGUUGCCUGGGCACAGCCACAAUUGUGGGCAACCUAAGCAUCCUGGUUGCCGUUGUCAUGGAACCCGCCCUGCACAAGCCUGUGUACCUGUUCCUGUGCAUGCUGUCCACCAUUGACUUGGCUGCCUCCUUCUCCACAGUUCCCAAGCUACUGGCCAUCCUGUGGUGUGGAGCUGGACGCAUCUCUGCCUUUGCUUGCCUGGCACAGAUGUUCUUCAUUCAUGCCUUCUGCAUGAUGGAGUCCACCGUGCUGCUGGCCAUGGCCUUCGAUCGCUACGUGGCCAUUUGCCACCCGCUCCGCUAUGCCACUAUCCUCACAGACACCAUCAUUGCCCGCAUUGGAGUGGCAGCUAUGGUGCGGGGCUCCGUGCUCAUGCUCCCAUGUCCCUUCCUCAUUGGGCGUUUAAACUUCUGCCGAAGCCACGUGAUUCCACACACGUACUCUGAGCACAUGGCGGUAGUGAAGCUAGCCUGUGGAGACACCAGGCCUAACCGGGUGUACGGGCUGACAGCGGCAUUGUUGGUCAUCGGCGUUGACUUGUUCUGCAUCGGUCUCUCCUAUGUCCUCAUUGCACGAGCCGUCCUUCGCCUCUCGUCCCGUGAAGCUCGGUCCAAGGCCCUAGGGACCUGUGGUUCCCACGUCUGUGUCAUCCUAAUCUCUUAUACACCAGCCCUUUUCUCCUUUUUCACCCAUCGUUUUGGACGACACAUUCCUCCCCAUAUUCACAUUCUCUUGGCCAAUGUUUACCUGCUCUUUCCACCUGCUCUUAACCCUAUGGUUUACGGAGUUAAGACCAGAGAAAUUCGAGAAAGGGUUGUCAAGGUGUUUCAAAAAGGACAGGGAAGUGCUAUGAAGGUAUCUGAGUGA